AUGGGAAAGGAUGAUAUUUUGCAGACUUUGGGUGUUGCUGGCACAACUGAUAAUCUUGAAGUGGUGCACAAAUCUGACGUAGUAUUUAUUGCCACUAAGCCAACAGUGGUCAACAAAGUAGCAUCCGAAAUUGCUGCCACACUCACCAAAGAGCAGCUCGUCGUCUCGAUAGCCAUGGGAGUGACCAUUCGCAACAUUGAAUCGGUACGCAUUUUUGACUUUUUUUUACGGUAG